AUGCAACGUCCACAGGCGUUACGGUUCGGCCGUUUCCAUAUGGAAGCAGAAGCAGCAUCCGAUAGCAGCGAACGCAUCUUCACCUUCAGCAGUAGAACCGACAGCAGUAGCAGCAGUAAAAGGUGCAGUCUGCAGCAUUCGUCAAUGUGGUGGUUGGUGGCAAUUUGGACACUUUUGGUGACCGUGGGUUUGCCGCCCUUGGUCUGUGGGCUUCCCGAGGGUGGUGCUGAUGGGAGCUUUCCGGUCGGCAAGUUCCCGUUCCUGAUGCCGAAGGUCGUCCCGUACAAGCCCGAACUCUACCUUUGCACCCCGGUAAAGGUGGACUACACGAAGAGCUACUACAUCGUUGGCUUCGAACCGAACGCCACGAUGGCCACCGCCCACCAUAUGCUGCUGUAUGGCUGUGGGCAGCCCGGUUCCGAAUCGGCCGUAUGGAACUGCGGCGAGAUGGCGGGUGGUGGUAGCGAGGAAAGUGGCAGUCCCUGUGGCAGUGGCGCACCAUCGCAGAUUAUCUACGCGUGGGCCCGUGACGCACCGAAGCUGGAGCUACCGGAUGGAGUUGGAUUUAAGGUCGGCAAGGAGUCACCGAUUCAGUACAUCGUGCUGCAGGUCCACUACGCUCAUAUCGAUAAGUUCAAAGAUGGAACCACGUACGACGACUCGGGCAUAUUCAUCCACUACACGACGAAACCCUUAUCGAAGCAGGCGGGUGUGAUACUGCUCGGCACGGCCGGCUACAUCCCACCGAUGGCAACCGAACACAUGGAAACGCUCUGCGACAUCCAGGAGGAAAAGGUGAUCUAUCCGUUCGCGUACCGUACGCACACGCACAGCUUGGGCCGAAUGGUUUCCGGGUAUCGGAUUCGCAAGGACGACGCCGGCACUGACCAGUGGACACUGCUGGGCAAGCGUGACCCACUGACACCGCAGAUGUUCUAUCCCGUGGAAAGCCGCGAUCCAAUUCGUAAGAAUGACCGUCUCGCUGCCCGCUGCACCAUGGAGAGUAAUCGGACGCGUAUUACGAAAAUUGGUGCCACCAACGAGGACGAAAUGUGUAACUUCUAUCUGAUGUACUACGUGGAGAACGACGAGCCACUCCAGAUGAAGUAUUGUUUUAGCAACGGACCGCCACUGUUCCGCUGGAGUAACCGUGAAACGGAAUUAAAUCACAUUCCCGACUACGAUGCCAGCCAUCUGUAG